AUGCAGCUACUACUCCGGAUUGAGAAGUAUCCCCAUCGGAUGAACUUUACUAAAGGCAUCUUGGAGUCACGCAGACUCCACUACAAGCAUCUUGCAAAGCUUCUGCGCCCAAUUCCACUAAAUACCCCCACAAAAAUUGAACUCACACCCCGACGUUGUAUCAAGGUGACAUUAUUUGAUGCCAAUCACUGCACCGGGGCUGUCAUGUUUUUAAUUGAAGGGGAUGGGAAGGCGAUCAUCUACACAGGUGAUAUACGAGCCGAAACAUGGUGGGUGAGCAGCUUAGUUCGUCACCCGGUCUUGAUACCGUAUACUCUAGGUCCAAAGCGACUGGAUAAGUUGUAUCUGGACUCUACCUUUGCAAGCAAGACAAAUCCAUUCCGCGAGUUCCCUUCCAAAGCCGAGGGACUGUCUGAGCUGCUGCAGAAAGUCCAAGCGUAUCCCGACGAUACAGUUUUCUACCUCCGUGCGUGGACGUUCGGCUACGAGGAUGUCUGGAUAGCGCUCUCGGCUGCGCUGAACACAAAGAUCCAUGUGGAUCGUUACCAGAUGGGACUUUAUCGGUCUCUGAUCCAGAUUCCAGGUAAUAGAGGGGUUAAUGAAGCUCCUGCUAUUUGUGGAUUUGAGCUUGGAAACAAAGCUGUAACAGGCUGCUUGAGUAACAACGAGUUAAGUCGAAUCCACAGUUGUGAGCCUGGAAUCUCGUGCCCGGUAGCUCGUAGCACUAAUACGGUCUACAUUGUGCCUAUUGUGAAUCGCACAACCAGUGGUGCAGAAAUCCCCGAGGUCGGUGCGGGCGGUGGUGUUGGGGAUCUGUACCUAACACAUGAACUCGAGCUGCCCGAUGAGUCUGCACUAGCUGAGUUGGAGAAGCUGUGUCUCGAACACAUCCGGGACAAAGAAGCCCUUUCUCAAAUGCGAAAAGCCCUUCUGGGUGCGUUCCGGUCAAGAAAGAAAGCACUCUCACUUGAUACCUACGGUGUAAAGGAGGAGGGUGAAAUUUCUUUGAAAAAUCUGGUCACCGCUCUAAGCCAUGGUCCAUCUGUUACCUCCAGCCGGUCGUCUCAGCCAGAUCUGCCUAACACAAUACGAUUCCCGUAUUCACGACACUCUUCCUACUCUGAACUAUGUGAGCUCGUAUCUGCCUUCCGGCCCAAGGACGUUCAUCCAUGCACCGUGGACCCAACUACCUGGAGCGAAGAUGUCUCCAUCAAGCGUUUGUUUGGCCACCUCUGUUCAGGAACAAAAUUUUCACACGACAUUCAUAUGCAGCAGACCGUAGUUAAUGAUGUUGACGACGAAGGAGAUUUGCGCACCAGAAAAAGGACCCGAUACGACAUCGACCUCUCCACACAGUUCACACAAGAAACUAAUAGUAGCACUGAGGAUUUGAGCCUUGAUACCGGCCAGCAUCAGGAUCAGAAGCAGGACUAUCUACAACGUUCGAGUCAAUCCGGAGAGGCAGCCAGAGUAAAGCGCAACGAAAUCCGUCAAGCACACCGCUAUCUCCAAGAACAUGCAGAGCCUAGGCUCUUUCAUGUCAAUCCUCUCCCGUCUACGUGGCCGACAGAAAAAGAAGACAGGUUUGAUCCGGCCAGUGAUGAGGGAAGUGAAGAAGACGAUGUGCUUAGACCUGACCAGCCGAGUUUAGAACCUUCAACUACAGAUCUCCGACUCAGGUCUGAACCAAGCACGUCUACAAGAAUCAUUGAUCUAACUGGCGAUGGUACUCCAUCUCCUCGUCCAGUCACACAACAAACAGACAGUCAACAUUCAGACAUACUUUCUCUCUCCAUCUCGGAGUCUGCAUUUGACUCUCCAGAGCAGAAUUCCGUUGAAAAUGGGCGACCGGACCCAGUGCGGAGAGAAGAAACCCUGAAUCGCUCACGUCGUGCGCGUGUUGCUGCUUACCUAGCGGCGCGAGAAGGCACUUUCUCUGCAUGGACGGAUGUGUCGCUUGUUUCGGCGGAUAAUCACGGCGAGGAGGAGAUCGAACUAUAG